CACAGGCGACCGGUGAUCAGCUGUGAGCGGCAUGGCGCGCGGCGCCGUCGGUUCGCAUCGGCUGUGACCUGCUGUCAGUUGCCCGAGCCCUGUGCUACGGUUAGGACCGUCACCAAUCGUCAACAGCACACCGACGAGGCCACCACGAGUCAAUCAAACGUGAAUUAAUCAGUGAACAAUCAGUCAAUUUCCCAGUCAACUGAUAAUUAAUGCGAUAAUUUAAAGAUAUAAAAUAAAAAUUGUGCUGUUUAAAGAGCAAUUUUAGUUGAAAAUUCAGUGGUGAUAAUCAGUGACCGGCCGGGCAGGAACCGGGGAGGGUGUGGGGGUAUGAGAUUGGAAAUUGAAUUGUGAAGCGAUUGCACGAUGGCCUCGUGAGGAAAAUAUUUUUCCCCACAAAUUGUGAAAAUUUUCAUAGCGCAAGAGGGAGAUGGCGUGGAGAUUGUCGUACGAGCGAACAGCAACCAGCACUGUACUUGUCCUCCUGGUACUGUUGGACGCAGCACUAGUGUGGGAGCAUACAACCGCAGCUCCAGUCAAGCGUAAUGACAUCGUAGCUGGCACUGAAUUCCUAUCAGUCUUCAUAAACGGUGCAAUGGCACCAACACCCCGUAGACGUGGCUUCCGACGUGGUUACCAGGUACAGGACAGUAUUGCUGCCGAGUCACGACAGAGUGAGGCCUCAAUAUACCGGAUAUCCCGGGCACCAUCGAGUCCAAGGCCAACGAUAACACGACCCAGUCACCGAGAGAUUGGCGCCAGACUGUAUCCAAUAAGUCACAAAUCAUUGGAGCACAAUAGACAGAGUUUUACACCGAUUGUCGACGAUAUUGGUACGACUGAGGAGAUUGGAUUGAAGUUGAAAGCACCAACACCAGCAACAGGAGGUAAUCAUCAUCACAGUCAUCAUCAUCAUCAUCAUCAUCAGAUUGUGAGGGUCAAUGGUACCAGGGGUUUGGGUAACGGUAAGACUGUUAAUAGAAAGGUCAUUGGGGUGAGUGUGACAUCAACGGUUGAGGCAACACCGUACAAGGUGAGGGUCGAGCACUACGACAACGAUCAGCUCAGCAUGGUGACGAGACCCCCUGCGGAGGUGCCAGUAUCCCAGGGAACUUUUUCAACCGUUAGAACAACGAAACCUACCUCAACUCUGGGAAUAUCGUCGAGGCCUUUUACAAUGCCCACAACUACCAUCAGCACAACAACGACCAGUUCAACGGCCACAACUCCACUGGCAAGAUUGGUCACUGAAGAACUGAGUAAUAUUGUUUCAGAGUCGAAUCGCAGUGGUUUCUCGGCGGACGAAGGAUUGCCAAGAACAAGUUGGCAGGCGAGAUCGUCAGUUACUCCCGGUGUUGGACCGACAAUUCCUCAUUCAACGCCCCCAUCAAAAUCUCUAAAAGUCGAACUGGAUUCAGUGCCCGUUGGGAGUUCUUCAGAGCCUGUGGAACAGAGCUACGAGCUUCCCGAAGACAACUCUGAACCUCUGGAGAAUCAUGAGGAACCUAAUGAAGGGGGUGAGCAUCCGCCGCAGGGACGAAAAGCUGGCAGACACUACGAUACGUCUCUGUACAAUCAACCCCCCAAAGUCUAUCCUCAACCCUCGAAGAUCUAUGGAAAACCUUCGAGGGUCUACUCGGAACCCUCCAAGGUUUAUGGCGAACCGGAGAAGACUUACGGAGAACCUGCAAAAGUCUACUCGGAGCCCUCGAAGGUUUACAGUGAACCAUCGAAGAUUUAUUCUGAACCAGCGAAGGUUUAUUCAGAACCAGCAAAAAUUUAUGGGGAACCGGAGAAAAUUUAUUCUGAACCAGCCAAGGUUUACUCGGAACCAGCUAGGAUUUAUGGAGAACCUGCCAAGGUUUAUGGAGAACCCGCUAAAGUUUACAGCGAACCAGCGAAAAUCUACGGUUCUGAUGGACGACCUGUGGAGCCGGUAGAGCAGAACUAUGAAGUUGAUGAAGCUGUCAGUGUUGGUAGCAAUGGUAAUGUUCAUGGUGUAGUUACAGAGGCAUCGAAUACACCGACUGAUGUAGAUGGUCAUAAAGUCGGUUACGUUGUCGAGGGGAGAAACUACAGGAAAUACAGAGUUGAGGAACGAACACCGGAUGGCUUCAUCGUUGGGGAGUAUGGGGUUGUCAGUCAUGAUGAUGGAUCUCUGAGGGGUGUCAGGUACACUGCUGACGGAACCAUCAAUCCUAGACUCAUCUACGAUGCACUGAUGAAGUUCCUCGCAUUGUGAAGGGGCUUUGGAAACUAGAGAAGAUUAGAAAGAACUUAGUAGCGAAUUGGUGAAGGAAGAUGUGAUUGGAGUUAAGCAUGAGAGCUUUGUCGUGAAUUUUCUGAAGAGUUGCGAUUAAAAAUCUGAAGAUUCUUUGACGUCGUGAUUUAUAUCAACUAUCGAUACUUGAGUAAAAAUUUAUAGUGGAGUAGUAGAGUGGGGAGAAGCGCAUAAUAAUUUGGAAAUCCGUAUAAGGACUCUCAUUGUGAAAUCCGGAAAGAAUUCUGGUGAAUCCUUUCUUCAUUGAAUUGUCUGAUGUGAACGCAAGCGUUCUCAACACAUCUCUCAAAAAAUUUGGGAGUUUCCACUAUUGGAAUCACCUUUCUUAAUCACUUUGCUACAGAAUUGCCUUCGACACGUCGGCGAACGACUGAUUUUAUUAAUUUCUUCCCUCUUGCCAACCCAACUGCCUCAUCUUGUAAUUUUAAAUAAAAUUAUUACCCUGAGAUAAUGCACCUAGAGCAAUGUUCGAUUAUAUCUAUUUUUCUGGAAUUUUUCUCCGAUUGAACAUUUUUCCAGGUCUUAGAAACGCUUCUGUGACGAUUUUAAUUCACCCGAAAAUGAGGAUCAAAGUUGCUUGAGUUUCCAAUGGCUCCGCUUCUACGACCAUAAAUGGCAAACUCGUCACGGCAGCGUUUCCGGUAACAUCCCACGUGUGUUAAACGUCAAAUAAUAAUAUGUAGUAAUUUGAUUUUAUGAUGGAUCACUGGUUAGUUCUUUAAGGACAUUGAAGACGCCGACUCAUUGCAUGGGUUCAACGUUCCAGGAGGUAUCUCAAUAAACGAGAGACAUUUGAUUAAUCUCUAGUAAUAAUCUUAUGAAUAAUAGCGGUAUUUUACGAUACAUUUUAGUCCAUUGUCUUCAUAUUACCUCAAUCAUUGGGAUAUUUCCUCUUGGAUUGUUUAGCCGUUUGUUUAUCAAGAGUGUCUCGAUAUGUGUGUUUGCGAAUAAUACGAGGUGCUCGAUUAUUUUCUAAUCUAAUCAUAUGAGGUGCAGUCAUUUUGGCAUUGGCAAACAGCCAUUUUUCACGGAGACAAUAGGAGAACUUGUGUGCAAUUUUUUUAUAUAUUUAUGGGUAAUUUUAAAUAAACAAAGUUGAUGAUGUGAUGAAAAUGACUCGAUCGAAAUUUCAAAUGAGAAUGGAAAUAAUAAAUUGCCAAUUGUUAUGAAUAUAUGCUCAACGUUGACGAUUUUAUGAAUGAAGGGAAAAUUAAUUUAUGCAUGGAUGACAUGUUUUCGAAUAGACGGAAUAAAAUUUCACUCAUUAUUCAUUGUAAAUUGCAUUGAUUCAUUCAAUAAUCUCAAUUAUGUGAAUUAAUUUUUUUUUUUCGUAGUUGAGAAUAACGAAUGCUCAUACUCGAGAUAGUUUAUUGUUUAAUUAAUAAAUUGAUGAGACAGUGAAGUGUAAGUAAUAUUUACUGUUGUAGAAUGUAUAGAGCUGUGCUACCGCCAUUCCUGGGGUGAAACGAAUUAUGAAUAAAUUCAUCGA